CGAGCUGACGCGGGCUCACUUGAUACCUUCACCGCGCGGUCACUUGUAUAUAAGGUAUCGACAUCUGUAGUGCAGAUGUGAGAUAUCAUCAAUCUGUUCAAAACACAGCGUCCACUUCAACAUCGUUCUAAUGCUUCACUCACGUCUAGUCUCGUUGUUGACAUGCGCUGGUCUAGCGUCCAGCAUGACAUUUCCUAUUCGUCGCCGACAGAACAGUGUCUAUUCUCUCACUUCAACCGAGUUUGGCGCCAUCUUCGAGAUUGAAAUCAAGAUCAACAAUCAAAGUUUCUACGUUGUCCCUGACACAGGAAGUAGCGACCUCUGGGUUGCCGUUGACACCUUCCAGUGUGUUGAUCCGUCAACCAACACUGAGAUCCCGCAAGCAGACUGUCACUUUGGUAGCACGUACACGGUCCCCAAUUCGACUGUAUAUGUCCAGAACCAGACAUUUGGUGUGCAGUAUGGAUCGGGAAUUGCAACUGGCAAGGUCGCAUACGCCGAUGUGACAGUGAACGGCAUCACAGUCAAGGGUCAAAAGAUCGGCCUAGUCGACAGAACCAACGACAUUGGUGAUGGUCUGGGAAGUGGAAUUCUUGGACUCGGGUUUCCCCCUCUCACAUCUGCACACCCGGGUACAGAGGUCGACAAUACAUCUCUGGUUUCCGACCGUGUGGUGUACGACCCGGUGUUCGUCAGCAUGUACAAUCAAGGCUUGGUCGAGCCGUGGUACAGUUUUGCCCUACUGCGGCCUCUGAGAAACUCGUCCACAAGUCCAGGUGGAUGGUUUGGCCUGGGCGAACUGCCUCCCGUGGCACAUUCCAAUGACUGGGCGGUAAAGCCAAUAGAAGUGACAGAAGCUCUCCCUGACGUCUUGACCGGAGGCCAACGCCUGAUCAGCCUCAUGACGUUGACCGUCGACGGUGUGGUGGUCAAGAACAAUUCUAUGGCCCUCCCAUCUGGUCCCUCGAGCCCGUUCCAGGCCGUUGUUGAUACCGGCAACCCGAUGAAUCUUCUCCCCAUGGAUGUUGCCGAAUCUAUAAAUACCGCAUUCAACCCUGUGGGCGUCUUUAACCAAGAAUCGAAUAGAUAUAUCGUCGACUGCAACGCCACAACUCCAGACGUCGGCAUCAUACUCGAUGGUCGAACCUUCUGGCUCAAGAGCCCGGAUGAUCUGAUUUAUUAUGAUACGAGUGGUACAUGUCACUCCAGCAUCGCACCAACGGCCGAAGGUCUGGGCAUAGCCCUCAAUUUUCUUGGAGAUGCUUUUUUGAGCAAUGUGGUGGCGGUCUUUGACUUUGGCAAGCAGGAAAUGAGGUUUGCAGCAACGACAUUCAAUGAUUCUGGUGCCCCGCCUCCCUUCGAGGGGAGUGCUGUAGUGCCCGAUGCCUCCAGUUUCUGGCCUGCAGCCCUGGCGUUGGCUGUCGCACUUUGGCACCUUUGAGAUAGCAUGAUCGGGCGAGCAACGUGUCGUGUCACUCUGUAGCGUCCAUCAGUAGGUCCAAACAC